GGACACUAGUUAUGACGAGUAUGUGUUCUGAGAAACAAAAUACAGUAAUUCAGGUGGUGAAUAAACUUGGAGACUUUUUGUUCUCAGCUGAUGUAUGUGAAACAACAAGUCAUGUAGUUACAGGGAGUCCUCGUCGUACCUUGAAUGUUUUGCUGGGAAUUGCUCGUGGGUGUUGGAUCGUUUCUUAUGAAUGGGUUCUGUGGUCUUUGGAAUCGGGCCAUUGGAUCUCAGAGGAACCAUAUGAGCUUUCAUCCAGCUUCCCUGCAGCUCCUAUCUGCAGACUUCAGCGUCACCUAUCAACAGGAAAAUACCAGCAGAAUCUCUUUUCAAACCUGCCUGUAAUGUUUGUGUCUCCUACCAGUCAGCCACCCUGUGAAAAGCUAAUUGAGCUUAUACAGUUGUCAGGAGGAAAAAUCUGCAAAGCCUUACGUCAAGCACAAAUCUGUAUAGGGAAAAACCCAGGGAAGAAGUAUCAGGAAAUAAGGUGUUUAUCAGAAAAAUGGAUAUUAGAUUCAAUCACUCAGCAUACAAUAUGUCCCAUGGAAAACUACAUUUUUCAGCUGUGAGCGAACUCGAGAGCUUCCAUAUGGUUGUAAGAAAACAAACCUAGUUUGGAUUCAACAAAAAAACUAAGUUGUGAAUAAAAUUUCAAAGAAAACACAAGUUGUAUAUUUAUAAAUACAGGGAAAUGUUUUCUACAUUUUUAUUACUUGUGUA